CUACUGGAGCAUUGCAUAACCAAAUUUAUACCAACCUUUACGGUGUUUUGUUUUACUGAUCAUUGAGGCUGCUUCCACAAUCAUGGAGAAGAUAAUAAAUUGCAAAAUGGAAGAUCUGGAAGAUUAUUAUGGCUUGCUUGGUUGCGAUGAGUCCUCAACGACCGAACAAAUUAGGGCAGAGUAUAAAGUGAGAGCCCUGUCUUGCCACCCUGAUAAACAUCCGGAAAAUCAUGAAGCAGCCCGAGAGUUUCAAAAGUUACAACAGGCCAAAGAUAUUCUCACAGAUGAGACUAAAAGAAGAAAAUAUGAUUACUGGUUGAGAAGUAGCAUCACUGUGCCAUUCAGUGAAUGGCAGUCCUUGAGUGACACAGUUAAAAUCUCAAUGCAUUGGGCCCUUAAAAGCAAAAAGGAGCCAAUGCUAACAGCAACAAAAGAUAUGCCUGAAUUCCAAGCUGGUCAGUCAGAAACUCAAGUGCCAAUAGAGGGGAUAUCAUCUGACGAAGAACUUUCUUCAAGUGGUUAUUGGCGUUACAAAUUUCGGUGUACAAGUGAUACUCCUUCAAGCGUCUUGAAAAAGUUUAGAAAUUAUCAAAUAUGAAGAAAUAUAGGCUCAGUAUUUGUAUUUAUGUAUUAGUAUUUGUGGUUUUGAUAGAUAUGUAUAAAUAAAGUAAUUUUGUGAAUUA